CACAUUUCAAAUCAUUGGUUCCAUUAAUUAUUACAUUAAUAUUCCUUCUCUGUCAAAUACAAGACUAACUCAACGAACUGCGUUCUUGGCUCGUUUUUCUUCAUUUUCUCUUUCAGUCAAAUCAAAAGGCAGAAGUGAUUACAAUAAUUACGUUCCACCAGCAGUGGUAGCAAUUCAAGAAGAAAUUUUGUGUCUUCUUCCUUGACCACCAGGCAGGAAAAAAGCAGCAUAAAGCCUAUACUAUAUUAUUAUAUAAUCACAAAUACAAAGAGCUUUCUGUUUCUUUUCAUACCCAGUAGAAAAUCAUACUUCGUACAAAACAAAUAUAUAUGUUGAAAUAGUGUGGGUGUAUUUUAUAUACAUAAAUAGAUAAUUUUUUCCCCACCAUGUACAAAGAACCAUUAGCAGAGGACUCUCUUGAUGCCCUUGGAUCAUAUGUCGAGUAUGAUCCCACUGGCCGUUAUGCUCGUUUGGAUGAACUGUUAGGAAGAGGGGCAAUGAAAAAGGUGUACAAGGCAAUAGAUAUGGUGGUUGGGAUGGAAGUGGGUUGGAGCCAAAUCAAGCUCAAUGAUUUGCUUCAUUCACCUAAUGAUUUGCAGAGGCUUUACUCUGAGGUCCAUCUUUUGAGCACUCUCAACCAUGAUUCCAUCAUCAAGUUCUAUACUUCUUGGAUUGAUGUUCCAAACAAGACCUUCAAUUUCAUCACUGAGAUGUUCACUUCCGGUUCCCUGCGAGGAUACAGGAAGAAGUAUAAGCAAGUAGGGAUAGGAGCCAUAAAGAUAUGGGCACGCCAAAUUCUGAGAGGCCUUGUUUUCUUGCACGGCCAUGACCCUCCGGUGAUCCACAGAGACCUCAAGUGUGACAAUAUUUUUGUCAAUGGCCACCUAGGACAAGUCAAGAUUGGUGACCUUGGCCUUGCAGCAAUCCUUCAUGGGUCCCCCACGGCACAUAGCGUUAUAGGAACACCAGAGUUCAUGGCACCAGAGCUAUACGAGGAGAAUUACAAUGAGCUUGUGGAUGUAUACUCUUUCGGCUUGUGUAUUUUGGAGAUGCUCACAGGCGAGUAUCCAUACAGCGAGUGCGACAAUCCUGCUCAAAUUUACAAGAAAGUGACAUCGGGUAAAAAGCCAAGGGCGUUUUACAAGGUUGAAGACUUAGAAGCACAGCAGUUCAUUGCGAAGUGUUUGGAACCUGUUUCGAAGAGAUUAUCAGCUAAGGAACUGAUUCUCGACCCAUUUCUUGCCUCAGAUGAUUUCAAAGGAAUGCCAAUGACAAUGGCUGCCUGUCAAAAGCCUUUUCUGAAUGACACAAUUGGAAUAGAGGAGCUGGAUUUGAAUGAUGACGUGCCAUCAACCAGCAUGACUAUCACAGGGAAGUUGAAUCCUGAAGAUGAUACCAUCAUUCUUAAGGUGCAGAUUGUUGACAAACAAGGGGGGGUUAGAAAUGUUUAUUUUCCAUUUGACAUUUUAAGCGACACACCAACCGAAGUUGCAAACGAGAUGGUGAAGGAAUUAGAGUUUACGGAUUGGAAGCCGUCUGAAAUUGCAAAUAUGAUUGAUGGAGAGAUUACAGGCUUAGUGCCUCAGUGGAGGAAAUGGAAUCAAUUUGAACCUGCUGAUCAUCACAAUGUGCUCAAUUACAAGGACGAUGACAACGAUUACCACCAUCCGUUCUGGUCAGUAUCAUCUAGUGCUUCAUCCCAAGGUUCAGUUUCAGGUUUGAUCAUUUCUCAAGAGCUGGAAGGGAAAAGCCACCACCUAUGGUUUAGAGAUGAAAUGUAUGACGAAACGACGUCGCAGAGCUCAUCACACUCAGGAAACUAUUCAAACCUGAAUUACCAGUCAGGAGAGGAGAGCAAUCAAAGUUUGAGCCCAAGAAGAUGGAGCCAGCAGCAGGAAGCCAACAACAUUGCUUCUGCUAUCGUAACUCAUCAGAGCCAAACCCGAUUUUGCCCUGGAGAAAGCUCCAACCCCCAUAAACAAUGCAACGAGAUGGCCGAAGCGAAGAAAGACAAGCGGAGGUUGACGCGGAACCGGUCGCUCGUCGACAUGCGAAGCCAGUUGCUGCACCGGUCAUUGAUGGAGGAGGUCAACAAGAGGCGAAUGUUUAAGACCGUUGGAGCGGUGGAGAAUAUCGGAUUCAAAACACCUUGUGAGGAGGCGCCCAGAAAGCAGGGCUCUGGCCACGGCGGCAGUAAAGCCAGCCAUGGCCAUAAACCACGGCUGAACUAGACAAAAGUCCUGGCUUGAUUUGAUCUUCGCCUGCCGGCCGAGUGGUAAAUGACUGAUUAAUUAUUUAAAAGGAUGACACCCCAUCCUUGAGGGUCUCAUCACUGGCCAGACAUAACUGGAAGGAUGAGAUUACUUAAUUGUAUUGCAAUAUUGUUAUGUCCAAACUAUUUUGUAAAAUUUGUAUCCAAAAUCGGGAUGUGUUAUAUGUAGCCAUGGGUCACGAGUGUGAAUCAACAUAGUUCUUAGGCUCUUAGCUUUGUUAUAGUCAUAUUCUAAGCAACCCCAUAAAGGGUGUGUAACGAAUAUUUCUACGCCUUCAAGUAGUGCAUUAACAGAGUAAAAAUGUAUUGUAUGUAGGGUCUAUUUGGUUUUUUCCGAUUCCAUUUCAGAUUUUCAGGGAGUCAAAGUUAAUUUCCCGGUUUGAUUUUGAGUUUAAAAAAUGAAGGUC